AUGGAGAUAGCAGGGUUAGUCGUGAGUGUGGCUUCACUAGUUGGCCUAUUUGAGACCUGCUCCAAGCUCUAUGAUAGAGUCUCAAGUGCCAAGGCAUACCUGGAGGACAGCGCAGACUUGGGUGCACUCCUUGAGAUUGAGAAAGGACGGUUUGCAGAACUCAGACACGAGAUUGAAGGGAUAGUAAAUCCGUCUGGUGCAGAUUCUCCGAUGACCAACAACAAUCAAUUGAUCGAAACGACCGCAAACAAUGAAUUGGAGAUUGAAAUUGAGGGCGACAGCAGGAUCCAAUUUAUAGGGAAAAUUUUGCGACUGGUGGAACGGAGACUUGUUGAGGCGGAAAGACUGAUCAGCAAAUAUGACGCGGAACCCGGAACAGCUAGCCAGAGCACCUCAGGGUCGAGGGCUAAAUUAUUUGGUUUUGUGUCAAAGAAGUUACGCCCGGUCCGGUGGGCAACUGGGGACAAGACCGCUUUGGAUAACUUGGUGGAGAAGCUACGCCGUCUGAACAAGGGCUUGGAGAGACAGCUUCCGCAACCAUUGCUUCCGCGUCUUCGGCUGGGGUUUGCCACGAGUCAGAUUUUGCCUGCAGACCCCCAGAAGCUACAAUCGAUUGAAAAUGCGUCGUUACAAGCGGGAUAUGGUAUUUUAUCAAAGGGUGCCGCAGUCCGGUUGGCUUGUCUGAGCCAAGAAAUGGUUGUACCCCACCAAACCUCUGUGGACGUGGAUCUAAUGAAUUUUAUGAAUAUAGGCAUUGACAACAACGCAAAAGGACUUGGACCACGACUUUCAUAUCCAACCCUCAGAUGUCGAGAUUUCUUCCAUACCUGA